AGGAAGCAUGCAUCAGUCACCCCGCUGGGAGGAAUCCCACCCUGGCUGUCACUUUAAAUAGACAGAGUGAGAAGGACCCAGGGACUGUCCCACCAUGAAGCUCAGAGACCCCAGGGAGCCAUGGGACGUCUAAUGAGACCCAGUGGAGGAGAAGAACCUGGGAGGUCGCACAGAGCCCCCCAUCUGGCUGCAAACUUUCCCCAAAGAAGACCCAGAAGACCUGGAGCAUGUGAGACCCCCGAGCUCUGCUGAACACAACAUUUCCAAGGUUCUCCAAGCUGUGAGCAGAGCCGGGUGGAGUAAUGCAGAUCGGGGGGCUUCGCGCCCCUGGCUCUUUGUUCGCCUCUCUCCUGAUUCACUGUCUUGCGUUACCUCUCGUCGGUCUCGUCCAGAUCGCUCAGGCUGAGCUCCAGAAGACAUGCGCGAGGUCCACAGCUGAAAGCGUGCCCAGUGCAUGCCCACAGGUGUGCCAGUGCAGACCCCCUCCUCUGCUGCCGCCGCCACCCCCUCCACCUCCGCCUCCAAGACUCCCGCCGCCCGUAAACCAUGCCUCCUGCUGCACGGAAGAGAACUGGUGGUACGUCCUGGUGAUAAUCGUGGCUGCGGUGUUCCUCGGGGUAGUCGUUAUUAUGUGUUACAAAGCAAUAAAACGGAAACCACUACACAAGGAAGAAAAUGGAACCACCAGAGGAGAAUAUGCAAUGACCCUGGAAACCGCGUAACGCGGGUCAGCUGUAACACAGCCACGCAUACGUACCCUCCUUAACGCGAGAGGAAUAAGCCCCCCAGCAUUCACCGAGGCCAACUGCAAAUGGUCAGACAGAGGGGGGCCUCAUAUGGGAACCCAAAAACCCACCAGAUGCAAAGGAGAGAAAGCAUGAUCGCAAAACGCCAUAUCGGAAAGACUAUGAAAGAGGAGACGCCCCCGAGGAACCUUCGCAGCCUGCCCUGAGAACAUAAUCCUUUUAUGAUUGACAGGCGGAAAGGGAUAACUCCCGUCAAGGGCAAGGGAUAAUUCCUCCCGCGUGCGUAAGGAUAACUUCCACCAUUAACAUCUCGCGCUACCUGAUAAUAACUGAUAUACUCGGAAUAACUGAUAAAACCCCCCCAAAAGUUUGAUUAUUUGAUUUCAAACAGAAGAGGUGAAACAGGAACUUCACUGCAUGCACUGCGUUUCCAGAAACAAAAGAGAAACCUUCUAUCAAUUAUUAUCAACAGGAAUAACGAAAGAGGGUGCAGCGUUACCGGACCCCCCAAACCAAUGCAUGCACUCGAUACGUUAACCCAGGACAUACAGCUGAGGUAUCAUUUCUAUGCAAUACCCAAUGGCUGAAGACUUUGAAAGCAAGUGCCGCUAGUGACAUUAACCCAUUCUUUGCCAGAACAAACCAUCGCUAACCCAUUGCGGGCUUCUUCUUGGUUUGACCCUGUGAACGCCAGCAGCCCCCCACCCCCGCAAGACUUUCUUUCUGGCGUUCAGAGGCUGCGAUAAGGUUUCUAGGUGCUCCGAUCAACACUCCGUUAAUGCUAAGCCUCUUUUUAUACUGAAUGAUUUUAUUUAUUUCUUAGGAAA